UGUCUUCAUUUUUAUUGUAGGCUUAUAGAUAUUAAAAAAAUGGCUUCGUUAAAGCACAUUGAGACCAAUAUUACAAAAUUCGAAGCUGUGAAAGAUGUAGUAAACGGUGGCUUUUAUGUCACAAAAAGUGUGGCUGAAGACUGUGAAGAAACAGAGGAAGGAAGAGAAAUUAUCAGGGAGUUACGUGAUGUCAUGCUUGAAUACUCACAUAUGCAGCGUGAAAUUGACCAAUACUGUGAAGCUGCAAACAAGGCAAGAGAGGAAUUUGUCACCUCGCAGAGCAAACUAAAGUUACAUGAUCUCUUUGAAAAACAUUUAAAAAACCAAACUGAUAAAAACACAGAUGCUGAACUCGCAGAGAAUAAAGAAGUUGUUGAUUUCAUGGAGACAAUAUGGACUCAACAUUAUGGUAGCGGAGGUCAAGUAGAACCAGCGAGCAGCCUACAAAGCGAUGAUGAGAUAGAAAUGACUCAAGUGGACCAAACGAGAUAUAUUUGCCCAAUCACUAAGAUAGAACUUGUUGAUCCUGUUAAGAGCAAGUUAUGUGGACAUACCUACAGUAAACAAGCAGUUGAAACACACAUCAAGCAAAGAAAAGAUAAGGCGAAAUGCCCAAUACCUGGAUGUCCUCACAAAAUUUCAAUUGAUGCUUUGGAGCCCAAUAAUGUAAUAGCAUACGAAAUGAGGAGAAGAAAUCGUAAUGGCUGAGUUUUAAAGUUCGAUACUUUGUGAUUAAAUCUGUGGUAAUAGAUUAACAUGUGCAAAGAUAUAUAGCCAAAAAUUUAGAAAAUCUAGACAUUUGGCCGACUUCAUAUUACCAUUUGAUAUUUUUAGUAAUCAGGAGAUCAGUUAAAAAACUUACCUACCAAAAAAUAUCACGUACGUUCUCUUAUUUUGUUAUAUCUGUUUUCUUUAUCGUUAGUGUAUAGCGCAUUUUGUGUUGUAUAUAUGGUUGUAAGAUAUUUUAAUAUCACUUGAUUUUGUAUAUAUUCUACUUCUACUAUUUCUUUUCAUGUUAAACCAUGCAAAUGAUUAA